UGUGUGUGUGUGUGUGAGAGAGAGAGAGAGUGAAAGAGAGUGAGAGAGUGAAAGUCACUGGCUGUUUAGCCUCACAGCUUGAGGAUAGGUGCUGUCAUUGAACCUGGUGGUCAGUCUUUAGUCACUGGCUGUUUAGCCUCACAGCUUGAGGAUAGGUGCUGUCAUUGAACCUGGUGGUCAGUCUUUAGUCACUGGCUGUUUAGCCUCAGAGCUUGGGGAUAGGUGCUGUCAUUGAACCUGGUGGUCAGCCUUUAGGCUGCUGUACAGCUUGACAGACUGUAGAGGAUUGAACAUUUAUCCUCCUAUAUUUGGGGUUCUGAGAAUAAAACAGCUUCAGGAUAAUCAAUGUAGAAAUGUGUGUUUACAGUACAACAGAGCUGUUCAAUAAGUGAUUGUUGUUGUUUACAAUGAUGAUGAUGACUACAUAUAUUAGGAAUUUAUUUUUUGCAUCAUGUCAGUUUAAGUAGACAGACAUGCAACACAACACAACCAUAUAGCACAAUACAACACAACACAACACAAUAUGAGCCUGGUUCAUUUUUAGUAAUGAGGCACUGUACUCCAUUUACAGUUUCUACUUCAAUGUAUCGGGUGGAGUUAAUCACCAGUUAUAGAGUGAGUUGUUGUUUAUGUUUCUAAGACUGCAGGGUGGGAGAUGCAACAAUGGCCUUGAGAACAGCAGGAAGUGUUUUGGUGGUCUUUCUCUGGUCUGUGACAGUGGUACUGGGUCAGGAUGGCUGGAGUGUUACAUACACCACUCAGAGUAUCUGUACCUUGAGGGGGUCAACAGUGGAUCUGUUCUGCUCUUACACAUAUCCCAGAGGUUAUACAGUCACAACAACCUUCUGGUUCACCAAAAAGUAUGAUGUGGAGAAUUAUGUGAGUCUGUUAGAUGACCCAGACUACAAAGGUCGUGUGACGUACCGUAGCAAUAAGAAGAAUGGCCACACCCUGAAAAUCACAGACCUGAGAGAGAGUGACUCAGCUACGUACAUGUUCAGAUUUAUAACAGAUCAGACCAGAGGGAAAUAUUUUGGGAGCCCUGGAGUCACUCUGUCUGUUACAGACCUGCAGGUGAAGGUGACCACUACAUGGUGGUCAACGACACUGACCUGUAGCACCACCUGUACUCUGACUGGUAACCCCACCUACACCUGGUACAGGAACAGUAAGAUUGUACAAGAGGACUCCUCCCCCUCAUACACAGUCCAAUUUAAAACUGAAGACAGCUUCUACUGUGCUGUAAAAGGCAUUAAUUCUCCUGCAGUGUCUUUUGAGGGUCACAGUUAUUUCCAGGUGACUUACACCCAACAGAGGAUCUGUACCUUGAAGGGGACAUCAGUGGACAUAUCCUGCUCUUAUACUUAUCCCAGUGGUCAUACAGUCUCUGAAACAAUCUGGUAUACAAAAGGAAAACUUGAAGAGGCGUCUCAAAUCCUGAGCCCGGGCUAUGGACGUCGUGUGGAGUACCUUGGAAAUAUGCAGAGUGACUCCAUCCUGAGAAUCACAGACCUGAGAGAGGAGGACUCAGCUGAGUAUAAGUUUAGAUUCAGAACAGAUCAGACAACCUGGGAACCCACCUUCCCUGGAACAACUCUGACUGUGACAGGUCUGCAGGUGAAGGUGACUCCUGCCACUGUGACAGAGGGACAGAAGGUGACAGUGACCUGUAGCACCACCUGUACUCUGAGUGACAACCCCAAUGCCACCUACAUCUGGUACAAGAAUGGACAUGUAACCAAUCAAUCUAACAGUCUGUUCCUAAACCCAGUCAGCAGUGAGGAUGCAGGCAGAUACUCCUGUUCUGUAGAAGGCCAUGAGGAUCUCCCCUCUGAUGAAGAGACUCUCACUGUCAGAUACGGCCCAAAGAACACCUCAGUGUCAGUCAGUCCCUCUGGUGAAAUAGUGGAGGGCAGUUCAGUGACUCUGACCUGCAGCAGUGAUGCCAACCCACCUGUGGACAAAUACACCUGGUACAAGAAGAACGUAACCUCACCAAAAGCAUCAGGACAGAGUUACAACAUCACUAACAUCAUCUCUGAGGACAGAGGAGAAUACUACUGUAAGGCUGAGAAUACAAUAUCAUCUAAUAACUCUACAACUCUGAUGAUCAUUGUAGCAGGGAAACAAACCUCAGUUCUGACUGCAGCUGUAGGAAUCAUAGUGGUUGUUCUGGUUCUCAUCCUCUGUCUCUCUGGACUCAUGUGGUUCAGGAAGAAGGCCUCCAAAUCCCCCUCUGACACAAGAGACACAGCAGACGGACAGGGAGACUCUAGUCCAGUGUAUGACAACGUCUCAAGCCUGGCCAUGAGCCCCAAAGACAACCAGGAUGACAUUCACUACGCCAGCGUCCACUUCUCUCACUCCAAAAACCAGGAAGUGCCUCUGUACUCCACCGUCCAACAGUCUCAAACCCAGAAACAGGAAGAAGAUGUCCAGUACUCUGCUGUGAAAUUCAACCGCCCCACUGCUGCCACCCGUCCCGUAGCAGCACAAGCAUCUGAGGAGAACUCAUCUGUCCUCUACAGCACAGUCAACAAACCCAGAACCAAGAAAUCCUGAACAGAACUAACCCAGAACCAAGAAGACCUGCACACAACAAACCCAGAACCAAGAAGACCCGAACAUUACAAACCAAGAACCAUGAAGACCUGAACAUUACAGAACCAAGAAAACCUGAACAGAACCAACCCAGAACCAAGAAGACCGGAACAGAACUAGUCCAGAACCAAGAAGACCUGAACAGAACUAGCCCAGAACCAAGAAGACCUGAACACAACAAGUUUAACAAAAACCUUGUAUAUCUGGACCUGUAUAUUAUAACUUAGUGGUAUAAUUAAGCAAUAAGGUCCGAGGGGGUGUGAUAUAUUGGCCUAUAUACUGUACCACGGCUAAGGACUGUUCUUAAGCACGACACAACGCAGAGUUCCUGGAUACAGCCGUUAGCUGUGGUAUAUUGGCCUAUAUACUGUACCACGGCUAAGGACUGUUCUUAAGUACGACACAACGCAGAGUUCCUGGAUACAGCCGUUAGCUGUGGUAUAUUGGCCUAUAUACUGUACCACGGCUAAGGACUGUUCUUAAGCACGACACAACGCAGAGUUCCUGGAUACAGCCCUUAGCUGUGGUAUAUUGGCCUAUAUACUGUACCACGGCUAAGGACUGUUCUUAAGCACGACACAAGGCAGAGUUCCUGGAUACAGCCCUUAUCUGUUGUAUAUUGGCCUAUAUACUGUACCACGGCUAAGGACUGUUCUUAACCACGACACAAGGCAGAGUUCCUGGAUACAGCCCUUAUCUGUGGUAUAUUGGCCUAUAUACUGUACCACGGCUAAGGACUGUUCUUAAGCACGACACAACGCAGAGUUCCUGGAUACAGCCCUUAGCAGUGGUAUAUUGGCCAUAAACCACAAACCCCCGAGGUGCCUUAUUGCUAUUAUAAACUGGCUGCCAACAUCAAUAGAAAAGUAAAAAAGUAUUUUUGCGUCA